CUUGGGCCAGAGCUCGGUGCUGCCGCGCCAGGCGCCCGCUCCCAAAUAGUUCUUCGCCCGGCUGCUGCCAGCCUGCGCUUCUCCGGACGCCGUCGGCCUGCCGUCGCCCCGACCGCCCUCCCUCCCCGGCGGUUCUCUUCUCCUCUUUAUCCGGAGCGUAGAAGGCGAAAGGCCCGGCUCGGCACGGAGCCCUUUCCGUGCCCAUCGCAAGUGCCACCGCCGCCAUGGGCCUCACCAUCUCCUCGCUCUUCUCCCGCCUGUUCGGCAAGAAGCAGAUGCGUAUCCUGAUGGUUGGAUUGGAUGCUGCUGGCAAGACGACCAUUCUGUAUAAACUCAAGUUAGGGGAGAUAGUCACCACCAUUCCUACCAUUGGUUUUAAUGUGGAAACAGUAGAAUAUAAGAACAUUUGUUUCACAGUGUGGGAUGUUGGUGGUCAAGAUAAAAUUCGGCCUCUGUGGAGGCAUUACUUCCAGAAUACCCAGGUAAGGAGUGCUGUAAGGUUUUAUAACAUCUCUGUAUGAUGUUGGUCAGUCUUU